AUGACCACCGAGCCACACAACGUCAGACAGCAUCCUACAUACUGGUUCAACGAUGGCUCCAUCGUCAUUCGAUCACGCAGCACGAGCAAUAAGGAGGUUUGCUUCAAGUUGCAUGGGAGUUUACUGCGUCGACAAUCUCGCUUUGUUCAAAGGAUGCUUGAUAGCGAGAUCAGCGCCGACUCUGAAGUAUUGAUUCCACCAGAACUCGGUGUUCAAGUCCAAGAUUUGACAGCGCUGCUGGAGCAUCUAUACCAUGAUAUCCCUCUUUCCGCUCAAGCACCCUUCUCGCAUGUUGCGGCGAUCCUGCGUGUCUCUUCCCCAGAUCAGCUUGAUUUGCCUGGUGUGCACAUGUCAGCACGGGCUUACUUUGUGUCGAUGUUUCCACAGGGGCCUCAGCCAUUCGCACAUCCUAGGAACCAUCUAGAAGAGGCACUGGCACUUGCGCACUCGUAUCAGAUUUCCUCGAUCAGAAAGGGCAUAUAUUACAGCCUUGUCACGACUUCUGAAUUCGAACCUGAGGAUGAUGACUUGGAAAAUUCCAUCAAAUCAAAUGGCUUGCCAGGGUCAUCCUCAACGCCACACCUCGUUCUACCCCCUGCAGAUGUUAAGCGGUGCAGAAGCCUGAUGACCGGCAUCGUGGAGCAUUUCACCCCUGUUUUGUUCACACCACCUGCAACUCCUCAUAUGGCAUGUACAGAUGUAUUUGCGGACAAAUGGAUGUUGCUUGUAAUAACACCCGCAAUAUCUGACUCUGGCGUCUGCAAACCACUCGAAAUGCUUGAGCAAAUUAAGCAAAUAGACUGGGCUGCCGAGGGCUUGUGCGCUGCGUGUGUCAGAGAAAAGACACAAGAGUGGACACAGGAGCAGGAAGAUGUAUGGGAGAAAAUGAACUCGUGGUUGAAUCCGGAGGGUACAAAGCAGUCCCUUGUUUGA